CCGGGUCAUUCCAAUUUGAUCACUCAAUUAGGACAUGGAAUACUAAAACUUGGAAAUGUGUCAGAGUACUGGAAGGGCACACCGACACAGUCUACGCCAUUGCGAUAUCUCCGAAUGGCCGCAUCCUCGCAAGCGCAUCGCGGGACAAGACAGCGCGAUUAUGGAACCUUGAGAACGGCCAACCCAUCAGUUCGCCCCUCCAUCAUGCGGACGGGGUACUUUCUGUGUCAUUUUCGGUAGAUGGAAAGCUACUAGCCACUGCCUGCAGUGACAAUAACGCAUACAUGUGGGACGUUUCUGCGAUAUUGAAAGAAGCUGGCCUCCAAGACCUACUGUUGGACCAGCGCGACAAGUCAGCACUCGCUACCAUUAAUGCAACACGACGUCCUGUCCAGUCAAUCAAGGUUUCCAACCGGGUACCCCGGGGUUUUUUCGAUGACUCACCGCAUCCUCACCGAUCUGCGCAACCCGAUCCCCACGAUGCGCCAUCCCAAUCCCUGUUUCAAUGGGCUCGAAAUAUCUUCUCUGGCAGACCCAGUAGUGCACAGGUCGAGCUGCAUGAACAUAGCCCAACAGCCGUCGACGUCCCAUAUGCUAAGGGCAAACGUAGGAACGCAUCGGCAAGAGAGAAACGGAGACCAGCUUUGAAAAUCCCCACUGCAAGCAGUUCACGUCCUCCCAAUAGCAAUGCCACACAGCAAUCCAAUAGCGCAGCUCAGGCCCAGUCAUCCUCGCAACCACAUGCGGCUGGUUCCACCUCCACCGCACCUCCCGUCGUCGCUAAUACAACUUCCAACACUAAUCCUCAUGUAAUGAUCAGACACGCUGGACGCUGGACUCGCUUCUGGCUCUUUAUCUGUUGUGCCUCUUCUGAGUAUGCCAACGGUCAACAUUAGUUUGCUCGGCUUAUUUUCUCGUUCUUUACGAAGAUUUCCGUUUUCAUCUGAUAUGCCACGAUGUUUAUCUCAUCCCCGCAGGACACUUUAUGGAGAUAAAAGUUGUUUCCUAUUUACACUCGUACCGACCAUUUUCAACUGAUGUUUCAUUGUCCCACACAAAUAGCAGCUACUCAGAUCUAAACUAUGCAAAGGGAUCUUUGUAUGACUCGGAGUCCUUUGAAUAGCAUUGCGAGGUUAUUACACGACCAAAGUGCACCUUGAAA